AUGAGGAAGAUAAUCCUUUCAACUUUGUAGGACUUGAUAUUUUGUAUGAUAGAAGUUAAUUCUACUUUUAGCUUAAUAUUUAAAUAAUACUAUAAAAUCAAUAAACUUGAAUGUUUUGAAAUUUAGUUAAAGGAUUGCUACUGGAGAGAGAGUAAUUUAACAGAUUAGAUUUACACUUGUUUAUUAAAUAGUUGUUCUUUUAAUAAUCCUCAAAAUAAAAAAGGAUGUCUAACUGGAUUUAUAGGUCUUUUUUACAAUAGCUGCAAUAAUAAAAAUAAGGCUUGGGGUCAAUAAUAUGGUCUUAAAGACUAAAAUUGCUACCUUACCAAUACUUAAAUAUCUAUAAAAGGUUGA